AUGACAAAGUCGUUCUCCGUCUAUUCCUCCAUUCUCUGCCUUAUCCUCUCCAUUGCACGCCCUACUCAUGCCCUAAACGGGGCCCCCGAGGCUCCUGCGGAUGCCGCGCCAUUUGCUGUGGCCCUGUAUAGGUCUGACGGCAAUUUCCAGAGAUGCGGUGGCGUGCUGAUCAGCCAUUACUCGGUCAUCACGGCAGCUUCGUGCAUUCAAAAUCAAUUUCCUGAAACUCUACUGGCCCAUGUUGGCAGCAACAACCGCACCACCAGUGAUGGAAUGCGAAACCUGAGCGCCAUCACCCAGCAUCCUGACUAUGACAUCGACACCCGGGACUCUGACCUGGCGAUUCUGACUCUGAGUGAGCCAGUGUACGGCGCCACAUUUGCUGUUAUCAAUGAUUUCUCCACUAGCAUCGGUGCCAAUCUGACCGUGUACGGCUGGGGAUUCACAAACUACUCCAUCGGAAUUUUCCCAGACAACAUCCACGAGCUCCCUACCGUAGGGGUUUCCCGGGAAAAGUGCAGAUCCGAGUGGAAGGGCAUCCAUACGAUCUCGGACCGGAUGGUGUGUGAUCAGCCACCGACCGAGAAGGCAGCCUGGCUGGGCGACAAGGGAGGACCACUUGUGAACAAUGAGGACGGCACCGUCGUUGGCCUGGUCAGUUUCAGCAUCUACGACACCGAUUUGAGGAAGGCCUUACCCGAUGUCUACACGGAUGUGGGAUACUUCAGGCGGUGGAUCAUGGAGAAUGCCGUCUUCUAA